AUCUAACAAGAUCUAUUUUGACUACUUUUUAUUGUUUAGAAUUUUUAUUUUUAUUUUAUAUUAUAAGUCCUUUAUAGUCAUUUUACACAAUCGCUCAUAUUAAAAAACACUUCUAAUAGUUUUACAGCCAAACACUAAAUUGCUUUUUUUGAAAAGUACUUAUCUAAAAGCUCCAGCCAGAAGCUGCUUCUGCAAGAGCUACAGCAGAGCCAAACUAAGCUUUAAAUUCCUUUCUCAUACUUAUAUGUUAUGCGUUUCUUUUCCAGUGAUGCAUUUUUUAUAAUAUUAAUUGAAAUGACAAAAAAAAAAAAAUCUACUAUCAUUCAAAGAUGUAAAUUUUUGAAUGGAGCAUGUUCUGGCGUACAACCUUCAUAACUAACAAAUAUACUAUCCACUUUCUCAUUAAAAGGCUUCACCAUUUUUUCAAUUUCUCAUUCCUCAUGCUUCCACAUUAGCCACCAAUUAUAACAUUUUUUUUUUAUUUUGAAAAAUUACCGAUGAUUUCUUUUCCCAUUAUUACCUGACGGACUUUUCUAAGUGGUUCCUUUCCAUCUUCCUUUUUACUAUUUGUGGUUAUUUACUUCAUCAUUUCAUCUCUCUUUGAUUUGCUUAGGAAUAGGAUAAUGAAUUUCAAUGAUUGUUAGCAAACUAACUACAUACUAUGGUAGUAGUCUAACUGAGCACCAAAAUAUAUUCCGUCAUAAGAAAAUGCAUGUUUUGUUGGGAAUUAGUUUUAAGCUAGAAUUCUCCAAUAUGACUAAUAAUAACGUUGUGUAUCGAGAUCAUAAAGGUAGAAUCAUACAUUAAGUCAAAAUUUCCCCCCCGAAUAUGGUCGACAUUUCUCAAUUAAUGAAUAAUUUAAUUCCAAGUAAAAUCAAUCAAAUGACAAAAUAUGACGAGCAAUGAUCAGUAGUUUGAUUUUUAUUCAGUGUUCUCUUUUUAAUUUUCACUCUUCCAAUUAGAGUGUGCCACCUAGCACACUCUCUCUUCCGUUUCAGUUCUCCUAUUGUUUUCAAUCGGCUUGCAUUCCUUUCGUUCAACUAUGAAAUAGCGAUAAUUUUAGCCAUAAACUUAGUUUAUCUUACCGGAAAUAAAUUUGUCUUCCAGCCAACCAACUGGCCGAGUUCAAAGCUAGUAUUAGUAGCUGGAUUAGUGAUACAAAGGAGUUGGUGCAAUAAAAAGAGAGUUUGUAAAUAUUUAAUUAACUUCCUUGGAUAUGGAUAUGUUUUUUUUCUUUUGUCAAUUAAUUGAUUAAGGAAGGGUUGGAAUUCAAUUCCCAUAAUCAAAAUUGACAGUUUGGGUAGUAGGGAAAUUACUGAUUAAUGAAGGUACCUUGUUAAUAUUUUCCUUUUCAAGAUUUCACUUCAUGUAUUUAUAGGGAAAUUAAAGGGCGGAAAAAGAGCACAUGAUUACUGCAGGCUAUAGCUUUGAUUAACUGAAAUUAACAGGAAGCCAUUAUUGCCCAUAGCUUACGACUCUCAAUUUGGUUUGCUCCUUCUUAACCCUUUUUUUUUCCAUCUCUUUUUCUUUUUUCAUUUAUGAAAAUCUCUUUGCCGGCCAGGCCAGUUUCAGAACGGAGGAGAUGCCGACGAAGCUGCUGCUGCCGCCGCCGCCACCGGCGGGACAGAAGACAAUAAUGUUGCAACUCUUUGUAAUUUUGACUUCUCUGAUCUCUUCAGGCUUUGUAGCAGAAGCUUUGCCCUACGACUAUACCGCCAGCAUUGAGUGCCUGGAAGUCCCACACCGCCCUCAGUACAGCGGCGGGAUCAUACUCAACCCAGAACUCAACCACGGUUCGGCAGGUUGGUCCGGAUUCGGAACCGCCCAAAUCCAACACAGGGUUUCCUCCAAAACUGGCAACCACUUCAUCGUCUCACAUUCAAGAACUCAACCACACCACAGCGCUUCUCAGAAAGUUUACCUACACAAAGACCGCCUCUAUGCUUUCUCCGCUUGGUUGCAAGUCAGCCACGGGAAUGUCGCCGUGACGGCGGGUUUCAAGACCUCCGAUGGGGGUUUCAUCCCCGCCGGAGCAGUGAUUGCCGAGCCUGGUUGCUGGUCCAUGCUCAAAGGCGGCAUCACAGUCAACACCUCCGGCGAGUCAGAGCUCUACUUCCACACCCGGAACUCCACCGCCGAUUUGUUCAUCGAUAGCGUGUCGUUGCAGCCCUUUACUCAUCAGGAAUGGCGGUCUCAUCAAGAUCGAAGCAUUGAGCAGACAAGGAAGGAGAAGGUGAGAAUCCAGGUUGUGGAUAAACAGGGGAAUCCCCUGCCUAACGCAAAUGUGACCAUCAACCAGAACGGAUUGAGUUUUCCUUUUGGAUGCGCCAUCAACAAGAACAUCCUCUCCAAUGCUGCCUACAAGAACUGGUUCACAUCGAGAGGGUUUCGAGUCACGACGUUCGAGAACGAGAUGAAGUGGUACACCAACGAGCCCUCGAGGGGCAGAGAGGACUACUCUGCUUCUGACGCCCUGCUCUGGUUCGCCCAGCAGCACAACGUGGCGGUUCGCGGCCACAACGUGCUGUGGGACGAUCCCAAUUACCAGCAAGGGUGGCUUAAUUCGCUCUCACCGCGGGACUUUGGGACCGCUGUCAGGACGAGGAUCAACUCCGUGGUGUCGAGGUACAAGGGGAAGCUGGUCGCGUGGGAUGUGGUGAACGAGAAUCUGCAUUUCUCCGCGCUGGAGAACAAGCUGGGAAGCUACGCUUCGGCGCUUGCUUACAAUCUGGCUUAUAAAAUUGAUUGGGAGACGCCGCUGUUUAUGAACGAGUACAACACAAUUGAGGAGAGUGGGGAUCCGGCUUCGAUGCCGGUGAAGUACCUGCAGAAGCUGAGAGGGAUCAGGAGGUUUUCCAACAACAACUGGAUCAAGUUCGGGAUCGGUCUGGAGUCUCAUUUUGGGGUCCCUAAUCUUGCUUACAUGAGAGCGUCGAUUGAUACUCUGGCUGCUGCCAAUGUGCCCAUUUGGCUCACCGAGGUCGAUGUUAAAUCGAGCCCCGAUCAGGCGAGUUACCUGGAGCAGGUUCUGAGGGAAGGCCACGCUCAUCCCAAGGUGUCCGGAAUGGUGGUUUGGGCGGCGUGGAGUCCGCAAGGCUGCUACAGAAUGUGUUUGACGGAUAACAAUUUCAGGAACCUGCCGACUGGGGAUGUGGUGGACAAGCUGCUGCACGAGUGGGGUGGUGGCCGAGAAGCUUCUGCCGUUGGAGAGACCGACGCGAAUGGCUACUUGGAGGCUUCUCUGUUCCAUGGAGAUUACAACGUAUCGAUUGUUCACCCGAGAUUGGGGAAUUCUGGUUUGGUGCGGAAGGUUGUGGUGGCGCCAUCAUCGAAUGCAACCCAGAAGAGACAUUUGCUUGUUCAAGCCACAGAAUAGCUCUUCUCCAUUAGGCAGGCUCGUCUCCUUGUUCUUUCGCCGGUUACUUGUUUAGUGAAAGACUAAAGAUAGGUAGGAGUUCUUGGUAUGGCUGUUGGCCAUCCGUAGGAAAAAUAAUGAAUUGUUAGGCAAGAAAGAAACCCCAUCAGAUUCUCUUUUUUGCCCUGAGAAGGAAGCAAUCACAGGAAAGUUGUACUUUUAUCAAACCCCUGUAACAUUCUUUCCAGCUCUUGGUGGCAAUGAAUUUGAUGCAUGAAAACGUUAGCAUUCCCUUGUUUCUUGCACUUCACUCGUAAAACCCAUUUCGUCAAGUUCCCAGCUGAAAAGGAAUUGAGUUGUCUUUGAUUCAGAUAGAUAAGGUGCAUUAUCUACGAGCACUCCACGAUUGUUUAUGGCUUAUCUAUCAAGAUAAUAGUGAUUCCCACUAAAUCCAUCUCUGCCAU